AUGGAUGGUCUAUCCUCGGCGGCGAGCGUUAUCGCCGUUAUUCAACUGACCGGAAGCCUCGUGAAGCUGUGCGGAGGCUAUAUCCAAGAGGUACGAAAUGCACGGGAAGAAAUUCUCAUCCUACAGCGGGCAGUUACAGGUCUUCAAGAUACACUUCAAGACCUGCAGAACAAUCUGCAAGAGAAUAAGGCAAAAGACCUACCUACGUCCUCACGGCUACCCAGCGAUAUUACUGCUUGCCUCUCCGAUCUCCAAGCAUUAGAAGCGAGGCUUAAUCCAGGAAAAGGGAAAAGUCUAAUGAGUAAAAUGGGCUUAAGAGCCUUGAAAUGGCCCUUAAAGCGCGCGGAGGUGGAGGGCCUAAUAAAGAGCCUGGAGAGAUAUAAGUCAUCAUUCCUCUUAUCUUUACAGGUGGACCAGACUAUGGUCAACAAUACGGAGCGGAUAAAUCAACAUGUUGAUCUUGGAAAGUUGGAAGGCGCAAUAGAUGCAGGGUUUGAGUCAUUCUCCGAUCGCGACGAAGUCGAAUGUCUCCUAGGUACAAGAACCGAGCUCCUCCGGGAAAUAAUCGAGUGGGCUCUUUCGCCAUCCUCGAAAAGCAUUUUCUGGUUGCGGGGGAUGGCUGGAACAGGUAAAUCCACAGUAUCUCGGACGGUGGCAAGGUCGGCCAAGAAUCGUAAUCAUCUGGGUGCCAGCUUCUUUUUUAAGAGAGGCGAGGCUGACCGAGGAAACGCAAAGAAGUUUUUCCCGACGUUGACCAGGCAACUUAUCCUUUGGAAACCAGAGUUAAGACCUGGCGUGCAAAAGGCACUUGACAACGACCCUGACAUCGCGUCAAAAUCACUCAGGGAGCAAUUCGAGAGACUACUCCUUGAACCGUUGCUUGGCCUUGACCAACGCGAUCAACCGCCUCAGAAUACUGUGAUUGUUAUAGAUGCUAUGGACGAAUGUGAGCACGACCAAGAUGUUCGAAAUAUCAUCCGAUUGCUCCCUCGUCUGCAGGAGGUAAAAUCACUUUGCCUUCGGGUCUUCCUGACCAGUAGACCAGAGCUCCCCAUCAGCCUUGGGUUUUCAGAGAUCGGGAACCAGGUAUACCAGGACCUGGCCCUUCAUGAGAUAGCCAAAGAGGUGACAGAACACGACAUACAGUUAUUUCUACGACAUCGAUUUACGAAAAUCCAACUUGAUAGGAGAGUCCCUCAGGACUGGCCUGGCGACGGUAUUAUCCAAGAAUUGGUUAAGGUAUCUGUCCCACUGUUUAUUUCGGCUGCCACUGUGUGCCGCUACAUCGAAAAUCCGAAAUGGGAACCCAAGUCGCGCCUCGCAGAGCUUCUCAAGGACCAAGCGAAAUAUGUGUCUAAAAUGGACAAGACAUAUCUGCCAAUUCUAACGCGACUCCUCGAUGACCAAGAGAGUGAUGAGAGGGAACAACGGCAACUUCUACAAGAGUUCCAGGAUACUGUGGGAGUUAUCAUCCUUCUUGCCGUUCCUCUUUCUAUAAACACACUAUCUUCGUUUCUUGGGAUAGAAGUGGACCAGAUCAGCAACCGAUUGGAUUCCUUUCGGUCAGUUCUUAGCAUUCCCAGCGACGAAAAGCAGCCUAACUAUGCGGCGUCUUCUACGGAGAGAUAUCUGCACUCUAGCAGACCCUGGAGCGCGUAG